UCAUGUAUGAAUCUUUAUGGAUACGAUGCCGCUGCCUUCAAUGCCCUGCAGGGCUCAGCAAACUGGAGAGAGCACUUUCAUCACCCAGAUCCAAAUGUUAUCGGUUCCGUGAAUACAGCGUAUACCAUUGGCUGUGUCAUCUCAGGAUUCUUUGUCUCUGCUCCGAUCUCCAACUACCUUGGCCGUAGAUGGGCCAUGAUGAUCGGCUGCAUGUUCGUUAUCGUCGCAUCCUUCCUCGCCGCAUUCGCGCCCCGAAACAUUGGCGCUUUCAUUGGCGCUAAAGCUCUUGUCGGUAUUGGGCAGGGUAUCACGCUCCCCGCGGGCCCAGUGUACAUCAGCGAGAUAACACCGGCGAAGACUCGAGGUGCCGUUAUGAGUUUCUGGCAGCUGUUCUUCAGCGUGGGAAAUUCCAUGGGAUUCAUAGUUGCCUUUGCCUGCUCGAAGAAAGCCGAGCAGCUGGGUAACUGGGAUUGGAAGAUUGUUAUGCUUUGCCAAAUGAUUGCGCCCGCUUUUAUUGUCUCGUCACUUUGGGCUUGCCCAGAAAGUCCGCGAUGGUACAUCCAGAAAAAUCGGACCGAGGAGGCAGUGGCAGCGCUCACGAGAAUCCGAAAUACUAGGGAGGAAGUCGACGCCGAGAUCGAACAGAUACAGCUGGCAGUUGCUUUUGAGCAAAAGAAUAAUAUAUCGGGCAGUUAUGGACCACUAUGGAAAGACCCAAGCGUGCGCGCGAGACUGAUCCUCGCUAUUCUCAUGAACGUUGGCCAGCAAUGCACAGGGCAAGGGUCGCUAAACAACUACUCCACCAUUAUCUUCCAGAAGGUGUUCAAGGACAACGAUACUAUCCAGCUGCUCAACGCUCUCAACGCGAUUCUUGGCAUAUUUUUCACUCUCACUGCGACCUUUACCAUCGAUAGAUUUGGUCGGCGCUUCUUACUACUUACUGGGGCAGUCGGCAUGUCUACUUGUAUGUUGGUUGUUGCGAUACUCGUGACAAAUACUCCAGAUCUUGGGGAAGGAAUGAAGGCUCAGCCGGUGGCUAUUGGCACUGUCUUCAUAAUGUUCCUCUUUGGUUUCUUCUUCAAGCCUUCAUGGGGGGCAACUGUCUGGGUUUGGACCUCGGAGAUCUUCUCGAUGAACGUCCGCUCUCAAGCUGUGGCUAUGUCAACCCAGGCCCAAAACGUUGCCAACGCAGUUUUACUGCAACUGUUCCCCCUAUUCCUCGCCAACGAAGGCUUCUACGCAAUGUACAUGUUCUUCGCAAUGAACCUCGUCCUUGCCUUCUUCGUCUAUUUCUUCAUCCCUGAGACGAAAGGCAAGACCCUCGAGUCCAUGGACAUUCUAUUUGGUGGAGCAAACCAUGCGGAAGACACUACACCCGAUGACCCGCCUAUGCUCGGCCCCGAGCCUACUGUGUCGGAAACCGUUGGAGAGAAGAAGACGACAGUGGCAGUGGUGACGGAUGAUAAGACAGAAGUCAAAGUUGAUGAUACCCCGUUAGAGGACAAGACAAAUGUCAUUAAAGGUUAAUGAUAGCUCGGCGUAAGCUACAGGUUAAUGGAGAAUGGAGAAUGGAGUCAUAUAAUAGAGGAUAUACUUAGAAUCGGAA